GCACGUCGUAGAAAACCUUGCCCGAGCACAGCAGCAGCUUACGCACCGCGCGCGGGCUCGUGGUGCACGGCCCGGCAGCGGGGAUGACGCGCUGGAACUCCGUCCCUGGAGAGCGGAGGGCGGCAGAAGAACGGAGCAUUUGACGCCAACCGAGUGUCGUCCCUGGGCGAGGUGCGCCACAUCCCCAUCGGCGGGACGACUCCGCACGCCAAGUACCCCAACAACAAACUGGUCUCAGCAAAGUACACACUUUGGACCUUCUUGCCAUUAAACAUGUUCGAGCAGUUCCGCCGCAUCGCCAACUUUUACUUCCUAGUGGCCACCAUCAUCGUGAUGUGCAUCAACAGCCCGGUGAGCCCCUGGACCAGCCUUCUGCCGCUGCUGUUCGUGGUGCUGGUCACGGCUGCCAAGCAGGGCUACGAGGACUUCCUGCGACACCGUAGCGACCAGGAGGUCAACCUGGCACCCGUGUCGGUCAUACGCAACGGCGUGUCGCAGGAGCUGACGGCGGAGCAGAUUGAGGUGGGCGACCUGGUGCUGGUGGGCUGCGACCAGGACGUGCCCUGCGACAUGAUCCUGGUGGCGAGCAGCCACUGCAACGCACGCUGUUACGUCACCACGGCCAACCUGGACGGCGAGAGCAACCUAAAGACGGUGUGCCUGCCGGUGCCGCUGAGGAGGGUCCGCUCCGCCGAUCAGUUGCUGAGCGUGCGCGGCUUCAUGGAGUGCGAGCAGCCCCACCCCGACCUCUACCGCUUCUACGGCAGGCUGGAGCUGAGCCAGCCCGUGCCCGCCCCGCCGCCCUCCGCCACGACCAGCAGCCAGCGCAUUUCCAUCGACAGCAUCACUGCCCGCUUCAGCCAGGUGCUCGAGCCCGAGGAGGAGGCCCUGGCCGCGCCGUUGUCCGCCGAACACCUGCUGCUUAAGGGCGCGCGCCUCAGGAACACCGAGUACGCCUUCGGAUGCGCGGUGUACACCGGGAAGGAUACGAAAAUGGCCCGUAACUCGGUGAUAACCAGGAAUAAGUUUUCAUCAAUGGAAAAGUCCAUUAACAGACUUCUUUUGUAUGCAAUGACUUGCCUAAUCGUUAUCGUCAUCACUUCAGUCGUAGGAUCAACCUUUUACAAGAAAUCCGAAGGAAUGGCAAAAGUAAACAACGCCUACCUUGGUGGAUACGAAGACUUGGAAACGGGCGAAAUUAUCAACGAAAUUCUCUCUUACCUCAUUCUGUACAACUAUCUUAUCCCCAUAUCCCUAUACGUCACCAUAGAAAUGCAAAAGUUUCUGGGCUCCCUGUUCUUUACGUGGGACAACCAGAUGUACUGCAUCGACUCAAACAGGACCGCAGUCUGUAACUCAUCGGACAUGAACGAAGAAAUCUGA